UUAAGGUUGAUUGCUGUAGCUUGAAGACUUCUGCUCUUUUUUGUUUGUUGUAAUUAAUCCCCCCCCCCCCCCCCGGUAAACAUCUGGGUGUAUAUCAAACGGCAAGAUGUCCAGUAAUGUCCCGGCGGAUAUGAUAAAUUUGCGCCUCAUCUUGGUAAGCGGGAAAACAAAAGAGUUCCUGUUUUCUCCUAAUGAUUCUGCUUCUGACAUUGCGAAGCAUGUGUAUGACAAUUGGCCAACGGACUGGGAGGAAGAGCAGGUCAGCAGUCCAAAUAUUCUACGACUUAUUUAUCAAGGACGAUUUCUACAUGGAAAUGUCACAUUAGGAGCAUUAAAACUUCCUUUUGGCAAAACAACGGUGAUGCAUUUGGUGGCCAGAGAGACAUUGCCAGAGCCAAACUCUCAAGGUCAGAGGAAUCGCGAAAAGACUGGAGAGAGUAAUUGUUGCGUAAUCCUGUAAACACCGUGUGCUGCGUGUGCUGUCAUGUGGUCUAUGUCUUUCUCGCUGCUGGGACAGAAGAGACCCGACAUUGCUUCGGAAACCCUUAGGAAGAGUCUGCCUGUAAAUCCAUGGACCUGAAUGAUCCCAUGAACGCUGUCAUCUUUCCUCAUCAAAGUAAAAAGAACCAAGAACAUUUUUUCACCAUGCGUUUUUAUUUCUAGUUUCUUCGUUUCUGUUGAGCAGUUUUAAAAUCUAUUGGUUUUUGGAUGCUGUCAAUCUCUAGGCGCACAGUUCGCAAGUUACCUUCCUAGCGGAAACCAUUUUGCCGCCACAAAUUUUCAUCACCCGAACUAACAAAUCAAGUGUUCCGAAUAUAGUUUGCACUAAAAAAGAUUGACAUUAUUUUCUUCAUCAGCAGAUUUUACAACAUGGUUUAUGGUACCUUAAAAGUGCUCGGAAACACAAUUCCGCACUGGAAAACACUCAGCAAUUAAUGAAGUUAAUUAGUGGGCCCACUGGAGAGGGAAAAAUGGAAUAGAAAUGGAAAUGUUGGGUGAAUUCUAUCAAAGUCAGCCAUGGUGGCUGCACUGGCACAGAGUACAAAACUGAGUGUGACUAUUUUCAUGGCAACAAAUGAAAAAACAAAACGUGCCUGUUGUUUAAAGCACUCGGUGGAGAGCUGACGAAACGAAUUGCUUUUCCUUUCACACCUGCACUCCUCAGUCCCGCGGUCACUGAGUGCUUGUCCACACAGCACAAAAGGGGUGCGAGUGCGCUUCCUAGCCUUAACGUGGGAGGGUCAGUUCCAUUCUCGUAGACGUUCAUUGCCGCACAGAGAUAAUAGAAAACCUCAUUUACUUAUCAAUUUUAUGUAUUUGAAGGUCAGCAAAUUGGAUUUUUCUAAAAUUGCUCGUCUGUAACCGUCCAGUGUCACACUCACUCACUGGGGUUCAAAUGAAUUCUUAAAAUUGAAAUAAUUCUCCAUAGUAACCAAUUUUGUUUCUUUAUGUAGUUUGCAUUUGGUAUUAGUGCUUGCAAUUGUAUUAAAAUCAAAAGCUGAUUUUUUAAGGCGUACUACAUGAUUAAGGAUGACGUUCUUUUGUUUUGUACCAAUCAUUUAAAAAUUGAUAAUGCUAAAACCAAUUUGCACAGCACUAAAGCAUGAGCUAGUUUCAUCUAAACCUGUAAAAAUAUAAAAGAUUUUAUAUUUUUUCACUGGGAAGAAAUUCUUCCUGGAUGAAAUUACAAAUAUGUGUAGAAUAUAUUUAAUAAAAAACUUAUAAAAUACCUAACUAUAGAACUUAAAUAUAGAUUGGCGUGUAGUAUAUAGAACAAUAUUCCAUAUAAAUAACUUUAGCCUUUAUGAGAACGAAGUUGCAGGCUGACAUUAUGUUGUGUACUUUAAGUGUCCAUGGCCCUUAAGAAAACAUUAAGUGUAAAUGGUUUCAAAUGGUCAGCUUUGUCUAAAGGUAAUCAGGUUAUUUUACUCAUUGUCAGUGCUUUGAUGAAAAGGCUUUAUAUGCAGUAGAUCUACGAAAAUAUUGUUCAUACUGAUCAGAAUUAAAUUUGUAUAGAGCAGAGUUUUAAAAUGAAUGUAAAUAGCACUAAACAUUUUCUUUCUGCAACCUGUACUUAGAGAUUCUUUCUGUAAACUAAAAAUAAAAUAUCGUAGUGCAUUUAUUUCAGUGGUAAUUUUAAAGGUCUUGAUUAAAUUGAUUGUUGUUUAAGCACCGUCUCAUCCAUGUUAAAAUUGUGUUCUACCUUUAUUUCUGAGUCUUUAAAAAUUUUGCGUAAUAUUCCAUUGUUAGUUUCAGGAGUAUUCACAGUGUAUCUUUGAUAUUUAACCUGGUUAAUUUGUGCACAGAGCAACAAUGGGUAGAAUUAUGCAGUCUCUGUUACCACUAAAAUGUUGUAUUCGGAUGUUAAAUAUUUAUAUGCUUUGUUGACUAGCUCAAACGUGAAUUCCGUUAGUGUUUGACUAAAGAAGAAUCUGGUAGUUACUAAAUGGGGCAGUUAAGCCAUUUAUGGCUCUGUUCUUUUGUAAAGCAAACUACUGGUGAUUAUUUUUAAUACCUGUUUUAAUUCUAAUUGCUCUUCUGUUUUUCCAAAGUUCAAGACUAUCAGUUCAUUAUGAUUGAAUUUGUAUGGUGGUUCAAAAACUGUUCUCUCUUGGUUUUCAAUAUAGUUUUCUGUGUGUUCUCCUGUUAUAAAUUCCCUUCUACAAGACCUCCAUUUAAAGUUUGCAAAAUGGAUAAACUGGUUCAUCAGUAGAGAAAGAAUUGUGUCACUUAAUUCCUAAUAACAUUGUUGUGCAAAGUGGAAAAAAAAAAAUAGCAGUAAAAUUAUAUACUGAAAACACCGAAAAUUUAGAUGCCUUAAUAGUAUAUACACGAAAAUACUCAACCAUCCCCCUUAAAAUAGUUCCUUGGACUGCCUGAUGAUUACAAUAUGAUUUAUCAUAUCCAAGGCUACUAUUGAAGAUCCCUCUGCCAAAAAUAACAGCUCACUUACCGAAAGGUAAAGGCUGCAUGGAUCUGGUAAUGUAAAUAAAGCCUGAAUUAUGGGCCUGUGACCCUGCCCAGUGCUUGCUAUCUAACUCACCUCUUUUACCUAAAUUAUCCUAGACUCUGUUAAGUGUUCUGGACAAGGCGAAGCUUUUCUUCUUUAUUAAAACCUCAGCAUGUCUCCUUGAUCUGAAUUAUUUGCUUUCUCUUCGAGAUAGGUUGUAUCUUCUCCUAUCAUGAAAAAUAUAGUAUCUAACAUCGUCAGUCACAUUAAAUGAGGUUUUCUCAUAACAAGCAUUUAUCCUUAGUUUGAUGUCAUCUUGACCAAUGUUGCAGAAAUUUCUGUUAGCUGAUUGUGGUAAACAAUGUUUAAUGUGAAAAGAAAUUAAAACUUUCAUCAUCUGUUGUA